AUUACAGGUGACAUUUGACUGUGUCACGUCAUACAAAAAAAUUCUCUCUCUCUUUUAAGGCGCAACAAACGAAACGGUUUCGCGUUUUUUCGAAAUUUUCACAUUAUUCGAAUUGUGUGCAUCGACCGAGUGUGUGGUACACGAAAAAUCAAGUGCGUUCUAAAUUGUAUCACAUGUGAAGCAUAGUGCAUGCUAAGACAACAGUGCUUCAAUUAUAGAUUUUUUUUUAAAUUAAAAUUAUCGAGAAAAAAAAUAAAAUUGAAUUUUAUUUUGAGGGUUCAACGAUCUCCACUUCGUUUGAGAUUUUAAUCUUGAUUUUUCCUUCUUUAGUACUCGACACUGUACUCAGAGGAUAAAGUGUAUGUGGUUUUAUGAGUGAGGUGUCGCAUUUUAUGUGUGCGUGCGAUCAGUGAUUUAUUUAAAACAAUUGAACAAGUGCAUGAAAAUGGCAUUCGAAGAUCGGUGUAGUCCACAGAGUGCACCAAGUCCACCGGGUAUACCACAUUCACCGCAAAAAACAGCGAUCGUUUUGGUUACCAACGGCACCGAAUCACAGAACAUUUAUAAUAACGGUUUCACUAUCGAACAAGAGAUGUCUAUGGCGCCGCCGGUAACAUCGACACCGCUUACACCAACAACAGCUGAAGCGAAUAAUACAACUGCUGUUGAAUGCAACACACCAUCGUUGAUUAGUUUAAAUAUUAAACAAGAGAAACACGAUGAAAGAGCAAAAUGCAAUGAAAAAUUAUCGCCGCAUCAACAACAAACACCAACCACACCAAUUGCAUUCUCAAUCACAAAUAUUUUGAGCAAUAAUUUUGGCCACACCAAAUUACCAACCACAAAUAACAAUGAAAUCAGUCGAAAUAAUAACAAUAACAAAGUGAUUAGUGAAAAGAAAAACAGUGUCCUAUUUCGUCCGUAUGACGACGAUUGCCAAGAAAAUGGUGGCGCUACAUCACCCAAACGAACCAAACUUGAUCGACAAAAACAACAACAAUCGGAUGACGAAGAGUCCAAUGAUAAUGAUGAUGAAGAAGAGGAAAUCGAUGUAACCGAUGAACGAGCAAAAUUCCAUCAAAAUAUGGCGAUCGAUUUCAGUAAUGCUCUUCCAAGCAGUGAUGUGCAUCGUCUGGCGCAAAAUAUAUUAUUGCCACAACAACAAGUGCACCAACAUCAUUUACACCACCAACAGCAAUUGUUGAGCCAUUACCAAGCGGCGGUAGCUGUUGCACAGCAAUCACUUCAUCGUGCUGGUGCUCAUGGUUUUAUCGAUGGUAGUCCACUUGAUCCACAUCAUCGUUCACCAUUGUAUCCCGACUUUUACCAUCAAACACAACAGCAACAUACGUUGGCCAAAAGUCUCUAUCCAAAAUUACACGAGGAUAUUUUAAACAGUUCAAAACAAUACCAACAAUAUUAUCAAACGCGAUUGUUAACGGACAGUGUGCUUGCAAAAUAUCCACCAUUGGGAAAUCUAUGUAAAACAGUUUCACAAAUUGGUCAAAGCCCAAGUACACCAUCACCGUCAACAUUAAAUAAUAAUAUAAAAUUAACAUCGCCAGCACGUUCUGAGUCAUCGCCAACGAAAAAGACAGCGCUAAAGCGACCUUCAUCACAAUUGGACAAUUUACCGAGUACGGGUUCGUCAUUGUCGAGCGAUUCACAAUCAGCAACCGUUUCAACAUCAUCGUCCGUGUCAAAUGAAACAACGACGGCAACAACAAAAAACAAUCAUCAAUCGAACAGCUUGGACUCCGGCAUGGAGUCGUCGGAUGAUACAAAAUCCGAAACAGGCAGCACUAAAGACGAAAAUGGAUCUCAACUUUGGCCAGCAUGGAUUUAUUGCACGCGAUACAGUGAUAGACCCAGUUCAGGACCCAGAUACCGAAAACCGAAAACACCGAAAGUCAAAGGUGAAAGUGAGGAGAAACGCCCACGCACCGCAUUCUCAAUGGAUCAACUAGCUCGCCUAAAGCGUGAAUUUAAUGAGAAUCGUUAUUUGACCGAACGUCGACGUCAACAGCUUAGCUCUGAGUUGGGCUUAAAUGAGGCACAAAUCAAAAUUUGGUUCCAAAAUAAACGGGCCAAAAUCAAGAAAUCGUCCGGCCAAAAGAACCCACUGGCAAUGCAACUUAUGGCACAAGGACUGUAUAAUCACUCGACGGUACCAUUGACAAAAGAAGAGGAAGAACUCGAAAUGCGAAUGAAUGGCCAACUGUAAAACGUAUUUAAUUUGGUCAACAAAGUUAACAAUGAAUUUGGCUAAGGUGUUCACGCAAAUUAUCAGUGGUUUACUUUGGUUUGCAGCAAAGCAAAAACAAAAACUUUUGCUUUAUCAACAAAAGUUUGGACAUAAUCAAAACUGGCGAUUUGGAUCUUUAUUGAAACAAUUUGAUGGAAGAGAUAGUCAGGAGAAACGAUCGAAUUCAUUCGGCCGAAGAACGAUCUUUAGAAAGGGCGAUCAACCAGUUAUUACUUCUGAAUAAAAAAAAAAGAGUUUCAUAUCGAAUAGCAUGUGAAUUGUGAAUAUAUCGAUGACUCCGUCUUGUAAAUUAAUUUCAACGAUGUAACAUUGGAUUUAAAAUAUUCGUAUGCUAAAUUGAAUAUAUUCAUAUGGAGUAAAAGAUGUGGUUGUAUUCUAAAGAAUUGAAUGUUGGUUGAUGCCUCACAUUUUGGAUCGGUCUGUUUUUCUUCUCAAAACAAAAAAUAUAUAUAUUGUGCAAUUGAAUUAGAUUUAUGCUUUACCAUAAAAAUAUGAACGCUCACGCUAUAAAAAUUGAAGGAAAAAAAAUUGUUUAUUGAUUUUGUACAGAUUUCUCAUGGCAUCAUUUGCAAUGAGAGAUGUGUUUGGCAUUUAAGCGUCCCAUCAAUUCGUUCUGCUUCAUAAGUAGAGAGUGUGAAGAAAAUGAAAAAAAAAUAUAUUUUAUUCAUUAGAUUCCCAUUAAAACGUUAAAAAUUAUUGAUAUUUGAACAAAAUAUAAAUUUAUUUAUUAAUUUAAUAUUGGAUUCGAUUCAGUUUGGCAUAUAUCCAAUAGAAUGAAUCUACUUGCAGUCAAUGCUGCACUAAAUUAAGGCUAAACGGUAUGUAUUUAAAUUAGUGGUUAAUUUGUUGGAACGAUCGCGAUCAUUGAAAUUUGCAUUGAUUUUAAGCGCGGCCAGUUUUUUUUUUCAUCAUUUUGUUCGUCUGAUAAAUGUCGCCAAAAGUACCAACGACUGUCAAUGGCAGACACUGGCAUGCGAAACAAAACAAACGAAACAUUUGAAAUUUUUAAAACAGUUGCAAAAAUGGACUUCGUCAACCCAUUCACUCUUCAUACUUAGUGGUAAUGCUAUGACAGAUGUCGGUUUCAUAACUGCUGUGGUUUUCAUACGAUCAUAUGGUAAAGCGUAUCAAUUUUAUAAAAUUGAUUUUUAUUUUAACUAGGUACGAAAUGAAAAAAAAGGAGACGUCGAUAAAGAGGCGCGUGUUCGAUUAGGAGAAGUGGUUUAUAAAAUGCAGAAGCAUGUAAAGUGCAAACGAGAGCAAAAUUGUUAUAAAGUGAAUUAAAUCUAGGAUAAUAUUGUGAUAAUAAUAAAGAAAAUUAUGAAUAAACAAGGAAUGAUGAUGAAAAUAGAGCAAAAAGACGUGACCCGAUAAAGAUGAAAAUCAAUAUGAGCACCAACAAUACUUGUCCAGUGACAAGGAAAAGAGAGCACUGUAAAUAGGCACAUGUUCGUUAUCGACUAAGUUACAAAAAUCCACAAAUUUAAG